UUGGGAGAUGCGUACUGCGAAGGUCACUACGGCCUCGUGAAAUCCGAUAAGAAAGCCGCGAAGAUUUACCGGCGCGCCGUGGAACUCGGAGAUGUGUCGGCGAUGAGAAACCUUGGGGAAUUGCACACUACUGGAAGUGGCGUCAAGCUGGACAAGAAGAAGUCGGAGCGGCUGUUUCGCGCAGCCGCAGACCGGGGGGACGCGAUGGCGCAAUGCAAUUUAGGGGAAUCACUCGUUUCUCAGCAGAAAUUUGAAGAUGGAUUGCGGUACUACGCGCUCGCGGCGGAUCAGGGCUUUACCUUUGGUGAGUUAAACCUUGGCAUUUGCUACAAGUACGGAGAAGACACGGAAGUCGACCUCGGCAAAGCCAGAUACUGGCUCGAGCGCGCCGCUGCCAAGGGCGACGAGGCAGCUAUAGAGGCCCUCGCGGACCUCGACGCGCAAAAAGCGGAGAAGAUUUGGAAGCGCGCCGUGGAGCUCGGGGACGUGGACGCGAUGGCAAACCUUGGGAGAUUGUACGAUCGUGGUGGAACUGGCGUCAAGCUGGACAAGAAGAAGGCGGAGCGGCUGUAUCGCGCGGCCGCAGAUCAGGGCGACGCGGUCGCGCAAUGCGGUUUCGGGGAUUUCCUUCAUUCUGAGCAGAAACCUGAAGAAGCGUUCCGGUACUACGCGCUCUCGGCGGAUCAAGGUUAUACACGGAGUCAACUUCCCAAUAAGGCGUCCGCUAGCACGUAA